AUGGACGAUAUCGAGCACAAUGAACCGAUUUUCGGCCUUGCCGAGGAAUGUGAAACGCUAUUUGCAGAACAGAUCUCCAGGCUAAACAAUGACGACGAGCCAAAUGGCGCGACGAUUCUUUCGGAGCUGAACCAACGAUUCGCUGCUUGGGCAGCCUUCCUUGGUGUCUUCGCGGAAUCGAGGAUUUGUUUGGAUCACAGGCUUCGGCACCAUGUAGAGAUCCAAGAUCAGGUGCUCCUUCUGCUGGACCUCAUGCAGAGAAACUUGACCUACUUAUUCGAACCGGAUCACUCACCAGAACGCGUGAAAAUCGAGUCUUUCGACAGGCGCCAACAACUUCAUAUUAGUAUUUCCAGCUUGGAGGCAAUAUCUGGGGCUAUUGAACGCCUCAACCACCUCGGAAUCGCAAUCCGACAGUCAUCUGUCACGAGCCAAACAGCAAAGACGAGAAAGCUCGCAGAAAGAUUUGACUUCACGUCUUUCGAGGAGAUUGCGUAUCUAUCUCUCAGAAAACUUUACACCGAUGCCAGCGAGGGUCUCCUUGAACAGCUCACUCGAUGCAUGACGCAGACAUACGCCUUGUUCCUUCGUCGCAAAUCUCGUCAGGAACGGCUUCAAUCCCCACGAUCACAACGCCAAAACCGAAUUCUGCUCCCUACAGAGGAGCAGUCAAUUUUAGAUGCCAAUGUCGGAAGCCCCAUGGAUAUCGAGAUACCAGUACCUGAGCCAAGCAAAUCUUUAACCCUAAAAGAGCUUCGAUCUACGCCGCUUCGGGCAACUCACUUGUUGCCCCACUCUGAGCCUACAUCUGUGGAUACUCAGGAAGUCAGAAACAAAUACAAAAAGAUGUUCAGCCCCUCUUCAAAAGCCAAAACAAUGUCGAUCAUGGUAAAUCCGGUAGACUAUCCCCAACCAACUAAAGGAAGCUUGACCUGCGACUGGUGCUUUAGCCCUCUCCCGACUAAAUUGUUGGUGGGAACCAAGUGGCGCCAGCAUGUGAAUGAAGAUCAUAGGCCUUACGUUUGUAUCUCAGAGAAGUGCGCCGAAACAUUGCCCAGGUUUGCCACCUCGACGCAAUGGUUACAGCACAUGCUUACCACACACGGCCAAAACUGGCAUCGGGAAGUGCACGCGCCGUCAUCGUGGGUUUGCCCUUUGUGUAUAGAAGACGCUAGCUUUUCCAACCCGAGCGACCUUACCGCGCAUCUCAACAGUCUCCAUGAAGACACCUUUACGGAAGCUCAAAUUCAGGCUAUCGUGCGACAGAGUAGACUUUGGCUCCCUCGUCCGCGAGAUGUCUGCCCUCUCUGUUGCCUUCCCAUAAAGAACCAACAUGAUAUUCCGUCGAAGAAUUUGGGCCGUAAAAGUGAAGAGUCAUUUCCUAAGGAACCACACUUCAUGGCAAGCUCGAAAAGUAGCCACAAGCGCACCAAGACAGAGAUUGGUCAUACACGUUCAGGACAAAACAGUGGAGAUGGAUUUGAAACGAUAAAGGAGCAGUCAGAACCAGAGGUCAUAGGCGAUCCAUCCUCGAGCAACCUCGUUAGCGUAGAAAUGAUUGCGAGCCAUAUAGCUGCACAUCUACAAGGUGUCAUGAUUCUAACGCUACGUUUAAUAUCUAUAGAUGUUGCAAUGGAAGUUUCAGCAGAUAACCAGAGCGCUCCAGGCAUAACCGACCACCAAUCGUCAUGGGUCAGCUCGGAUAAGACUGAUCUCAAUCAGGAGGUCAACAAUAUGGAGAUUUCCUCACUAAAAGGAGAUAGUGACAUUGAUCUCAGCUCUAUACAUCCCUCGCAAGACACAGUCCCAGAUUCUGAGUACAUGGAUUGGCAUGACGUCCCCCGCCAUUAUGAUGCCCUGAUAAACCAAAAAGUCGCGCUAGAAGCGAUUCCAUCAGGAUUCAAUGACGAGUACGACCGCAUUUGCGACGCAAUAUACGAGCAAAUAUAUAGGAGAAUGGAAAGGAAAGAUGAAGACCAGCUUCGCUUUGCCAAAAAUGGAACCGCCCAGAAGACUCUACGUCGCGACAUUCUGCUACGUUUCUUUCGAAGCAUUCUCUUGGGCCCUCAUGUCCAAAUUAGCGAGGGAGAUUUUGUCAGAAGGAUAAACGAAAGGAAGCUUCAUGACUUCCUGGCCACUCUAAUAUUUGCAAAAUGUAAAAUGGAGCAAGCCCGGAGAUUUACCACCCAGCUUAUGGAUGAGGAGACAUGGCGAGUCCCAGACACGAGAAGGACAAUUUAUUCCCUACCUGUGUGUCUUGAAGACCUCGUGAAAUUUUUUGGUGACCGGAGCACCGCGGAGAAGUUCUUCACGAACCAGGCUUGUUUUUGUCCCGCACGGUUGCCUUUCCUAAAACAGAAAUUGCUUUCACACGGGGCAUUCGGCGGUGUUUACAAGGUCAAGAUUGCCCAGGGCCACUUCUAUGACCCCCGAGGUCGACAAACACGCCAGGAGCCUAUAGAAAUGGUGCGCAAGGUCUACACCAUCAACGAAACGUUUCCCACACGGCCCGUACAGACACAACGCGAGUUAAUGAAAAUCUUCACGGGAUCGAAUCUGACAUGCAAAAAUGUUAUCGAAUACUAUGGCAGCCUUGAUGUCGGCUCGACGUACAGUCUGUUCAUGCCCCUCGCCAUCUAUGAUCUCUGGACCUACAUGAUGGAGCAUCCUGAGAGGGAGCCCAAAACCCGUAUGGAGAGGGCAGAAGUUGUUUCUUCCCUCAUGGGUCUUGCGCUCGGGCUGGAGUUUCUUCACAAUGAUUUAAGAUCGUCCGAUAAGGAGGAUCUGGUCUGUUACCACAUGAACAUCAAUCCUAGGAAUAUCCUACUCUUCCGAGAGACUCAUAACUGGGAAACCAAAUAUACUUGGAAACUAAGCGGCUUCAGUCUGGCUCAUAUAGUAAGGCGGCGUCGUCGGCUGGGCGGCGGGAUACGGAGAGUUUCCAGCAGCCGGUUGGAAGCAGAUGAAUUGGUUCCCAACGAGCGUGGAGAAAGCACAUACCUGGCGCCUGAAUCAACCUCAUCGACUCCAAGCAUGGGGUCAAAAAGUGAUGUCUGGUCCCUGGGAUGUGUCCUCAGCGUUGUUUUCACAUAUCUAGAAGGCGGCUCCGAAGAGGUAACUCGGUACACAGAUGCGAGAACCAAUCACCGUCUUGCAAAAAGCCACGAUUCAUUUUGCGUCGUGCGUGAGAGGGCAAGUUCGCCUCCAAAAUCUCAUCCGGUCAUUAAGUCAUGGCAUACACAUCUUAUUGACCAAGCACGCAAACGGGAUCCUCAUGAAGGGAACGCUGUGGAAUUCGUGUUGAGGUAUCUUGAGACGAGCGUCUUUGAGAUUGAUCAAGCUAAAAGAAAUAGCGCUAGGGAAGUAAAGGAAAAGCUGAGCAUAACUUUUGGGAGAUAUCAAGCCUUGGGAGAAACAGGGCUUGAACCUUUCAGGAAGUCGAGAACAGAGAGAAUGCAGGAAAGCUUUGGAGGAACACCGGGCGAGUCAACUUGGCGAAAUUUGCUUUCGAGGUAG